AUGUUUUCUUUAUUUACGUGCGCCUUAUUUCUUCCAUGUUUGAUAAAAUUGACACACUGUGAACGCAGAAUUGUUAACGGGACUUUGGCCAUUGGUGAACCUAGGUAUCUGGCAUACUUUGUAAAAGCUCCACAAUCAAUGAAAAAGUACAUGGGAUGGAUAUGCGGAGGUUGCAUAAUUCAUCCAUUGUAUAUAUUAACUUCGUCUGCAUGCCUCGUAGAUGUGAAACAUGUCUAUGCUAUCGUUGGCUACAAGAAAUAUGUUCGAAGUGAAGACAUAGACAAAGAUGAAUGUACUAAACGCAUCAAAAAGAGAGUUAUUUCUAAUUCUUUUCAAAAAGAAUAUAGACAAAAAUCAAGCGAUCCAGGGCCACACAAGUGGAAUUACAGAGACAUAAGUGUAGCUAGAGUGGAAUCACCGUUCAAUUUCAGGGAUCCAGUCUACACAAAAUACUGUUCUUAUUUCCCGGCAUCUGUAAAAGUUAACUUCAAUAGAGUUUUUGAACAACCUGGGACGGAAGCUGUCACUUUUGGAUGGGGUCACAGACAUUAUUUUCGAUUGGAAGAAGACUUAAAAGAUCAUAAUGAAGAAUACGUGAACUAUGCAUCAACUGUAGUUAUUGAUAAGGAACUUUGUAAAACUCUACUAAUAGGACAUUCUGAAAUGAAAGUGCAUGUGCAUAAUUAUCUCUUAUGUGCCUCUGGAAACGGGAGUCUGGAUGAAGGAGGAAAAUUUGCUACUUCCUCUAUUGGACCCCUAAAUAAAACAAAACAUGAAAAUCUAAAACAGGAUAAAGCAUUACAUUCGAGAGCUACUUUAGAUUACUUCAAAGGCCAAAUCAAGAACUACAGAAAACAUGGGCCAUGUCAGAAUGAUCACGGUGGUCCCCUAAUCACUUGGAUUGGGGGUCGGGAGUACGUGAUUGGUGUCGCCUGUGGGUUUCAAGUGAACGGCCAGAUGGAAUGCGUGGGUCCUUACCUCUACACAAGCACGUUUAGCAACGGAGAAUUUAUCUACUGCAUGUUACGCUAUACCAGACGUUCAAGACUUUGCGACAUAGCACCUGAACAAAAAGGUUAUCAAAUAGUCGAAGAAGAAAUUAUAUGGCCGGAUACUUAUAUCGUUAAAAGUCGGAAUAACACCACAACGACUAUGAAGCAUGAAAUUAAGGGAAAUAUAACCAAAACCACGCUGAAACCUGAAAAAGUUUUAUUGACUGAAAAUGUAAGAGUGUAA